AUGUUUGACCCUCCACUUUUGAUUCUCUCUGUGGCCCGUUCGGGCGUGUGGCUCAACAACCGUGCAGAUUUUUACUCGUUAUGCUUGGUUUCGAAGUCCUUCUAUGCCACUGCCAUUCGCCUCCUCUACAGAAAAUUGAAGAUCUCACAUGAAACUUUUGAAAAGUCCUUUACGCCUUUGCACGCCGUGCUCAGUUCACGGCAACAGGAGAGGAUAUUCUGCUUGUCCGCCGCAGAAAAGCAUGGGCUGGCGCGCAGCAACGGGAAGGGCCCUGAGUUCGGCAAGGCCCUGAGCAAUUGUGGGGCGUUUGUCAGAGAGUUUGAGGCCGCGCUCCUGGUUGAUGAUGUGGAGGAGGAUGCAGAUAUUGUGAAGGAGAUCCUUGGGAGUGCGAUAGACAAUAUGUCUCUUUUGGAAUCCUUCGUCUGGGCCACCCCUAGCGACAGGGCGCUUUGUCGCACUCCCCGCAUCUCUCACAGCCUGAUACGCAAGCCGCGACUAAAUUCACUUGCACUAUCCAAUAUCAUCGAGACCGAUGCUCCAUUGUUACGCCUCCACCCUCUCCAAUCUGUGACCUUUAUUCUCGACUCAAACUUUGUCUCACUAGCCCAUCGUCUACUUUCAUCUACGGCGGACUAUGACAUCAUUCGAAAAAUCCUCAGGACCUCCGCGGGAACGCUAAAGUCGCUGACUCUGAUCUCUAGACCGGGCGGCCAACGACACUAUGAGGAUGAGAAUCUGCUUUUCGGUGGCGGUGAGGGCGACCACAAGAGUGUUUUUAAGGAGUCCCCAGAAGGGGGGGAGGUUACUCACUUGAGCAGACUUAAAUCGCUAACCUUGGUUGGGCGACCCUUUACAGUAAAGCGUUUGGGAGUGCUCACUCAGGCAAUCAACUUCAACAACCUCCGGUGCUUGGAAAUUGUCUCCUGUCCCGGCACCGAACUGCUCCUUUCCGCCAUCACCCUCCCCGAGGCGCGUGAGUCGGGUAUGGGUGCAGAAUCUAAUGAGGUAGGAGGGUCGGAUACUGACUCAAUGUCAGGUUCCAACGAAGAGAAUGGGUCUGGGUCGGAUUCGGAUUCGGGCAUGGAAUCUAAUAAGGUAGAUUGGUCGGGUUUGGACUCGAUGUGGGGUUCCGAUGAAGAGGAUGAUCCCGGGUCGGGUAUGGGUGCAGGGUGGGCUUCCGAGGGAGGCGGCGAGUCGGCUACGGGUGCAGAAUGGGCUUCCGCGGGGGGGAACCGGGCGUUCCCAAACCUUCGGAAAUUGGUUAUAAGAGCCUCUCAAUAUGAAUUCGGUAGAUUCCUGAAAUGCUUCCGCGGUCUCCAAGACCUCCGCUACGAGCUAGGAUAUGACAGGAGGACUUGGGGGUUACCGGAGGGCGGCCGUCGGCACAUCCCCUGCAGCUUAAGCGUUGACUCGCUUCUCCUCGCAAGGAUUUCUAUGUUUCACGGACAUACACUCCGGAAACUGACUAUCUUAACACUCGACACGUUGCUAUGCAUUAGCGAAAGAGACCUGAGAGGGCUCGCUAGGAAUUGUCGGGUGUUGGUGAAGCUCUGCUUUUCAGCGCGGCGUUUUCAUUUUCUUUUUAGCACCAACCCGGUGAAAACACGUACACGCAGCAACCUAUGGACGCUCUACCUCCACUUGGAAUCAGGGUUCAGCGAAUUUCAGGCUCGCAAUUGCUUGCAGAGACUUCUGCUGAUGAUACCUAACCUGAAGACUGUGGGGAUGUUGACAGGAAAACAUAGUAAUGAGCCAUAUAUUUUCAGGGUUUGUCCGGGUAGAGUCUUGGAACGUGUCUUUGACGGGGAUUGUCUGCAGAGCGAGUUCAGAGCUAGCAAGUUUGGAGAUUAGAAACUUGAAGCCUAGAGGGGGGGGGGGGUUGUGCUAAACAGGAUGGGCGUCAAUUUUCUUCUUCUUUGACGGCUAUCAUUUACUCGGCGGGGACUAUCGGAGCUGGGCGGAUGGAAUGGAACUAUAGGCUAGAACGGAAAUGAUUAAU